CCUCGAUGCUACCUCCUGCAUAUCAAAAACCUGCGUGAAUUUCUCUUACGCUGCAGCGAUACGGCAUCUUUCGGGCCUCAAAAGCUGGGAGGAGAAUCCCAGUGGCAUCGGGAAUGUCGCGGGGCCCAGUUCCGUCUCAGCUUCAUUUGCUGUCAAACCUACCGGCUCUGUCUAUUGGUGACAAGGUCAGGUUUCUUGGAUGUGUCAUCUCGUACUCAACGUCGUCAGCCUGUCUCUCCCUGGCUCACCUCUACCCGAGAGACACCAAUGUCACCGCCCUUGUGGAUGUCAGCCUGCUGCUUGAGACGCUCAACUCCGAGCAGACACGUGUCGGCGAGUACCUCAACAUCAUAGGCUAUAUCACGGCGAAGAAGGUACUCCGUGAUGUGAAGCUGUCGUCUCGAGAAGAAGUGCAAGUGUCUGUACAAGCUAUCGCACUUUGGUCAACUGGUUCGAUGGAUUUGCAAAAGUACGAAAGGAUCCUUGACCCCCCCAAGUCUGGAGGUUGAGGUAUGUGCUGGGCCACAUGAUGUCGACGGUCGAAUCAUGGCCGAUGGACUGCCUGCCGCAGCUCAUCAUUGCUUCGAUCUCUUGCUGCAACCAGAAAGCUGGGCCUUUACCUCGCAACAUCCAGAGCCCAGUAGUGAAUGAAGUCGGCCGGAGUCAUGUCCGUCAGUGUGCGGAGUGCCCCAGCCGUGCGGUCUACCACAGGAACUUGCAGGUUGCAAUCCAAUUGGAACACGAAGCUGGCCGGA